AGAAGAAGAGGAAGAAUAGAAUGAUGGAGAAGAGGAGAAGAAAAAGAAGAAGAUGAGUAGAUGAUAAGAAUAAAAUGACGAUUUUGAGUAGAAGAAGAAGAAUAAAUAAUAGAACAUGAUGACAAAAAGAUAAUAGUAAGAAGCAGAAGAAGGAGAAAAAGAAGAAGAGCUACAACAUGAUGAUGAAGAAAAAUAAGUAGGAGAUGAAGAGAAUAAGAUAACAUGAGAAAAGAAGAAGAAGCUGAUGUAUUACUAUUAUUACAUUCAUUUAAACUACAUAAGUCACCCAAUCCAUAAUAUUUGGUGAAGCUGAAUUUUUGCAGGAUGUUAGUAUACAUAAUUAAUAGCCUGGAAUCACAAUAUACUCAUUUUUCUCUCACUUGCUCUAUAAGGUCAACUUUUGUAAAGAUAUCCAAUACUCCAGAAUCAUUACCCGAAAAAUGUUGCGUUUUCGGAACUAAUUAUCAAAACUGCCCUUUUUCACUAUCUCGUAACUGGACUAUUAUUAACUAAUGAGCUGUUUAACAUGCAUUUGAACAUGAAGAUUCUGAAUUUAUCACUUUUAUACCCUGGCCACCAUGGGCGCCGACUUAUCAAAAUCUUUGGGUGGGCUCAUUGGUUAGGGGUCUGGGGAGGGGUUUUUUCCAUAUAAUUGAUCAGAAUUUUUUGUGGACUCAGCCCCCCAAAAUAUUUUUUGGGUGGGCUCCACAGCCUACCUACCUACCUACCUACCCAGACCUUAUGGAAUCGGCAUCAGUGCUGGUCACUUUUUUGAAAACUGAGUAUCCUACCAUUAUAAUAUAAUGGAGAACUUCGUUUCUCUGAUACCUUUUUGGCUAUUGCAUUUUGUGUUUCACACAGAAAGGACUUGUCACGGUUGAUUAUAAGAAUCGUUCAAUGGUGGGUGUUGAGCUUUGAAAAUGCUGCUUUUGUUUAUUGAAGCCCCGCUUAUGCUGGGGGUGCUACAGGCUGGUUGUUGUCUUGUUGAAGACAGUCUGCUGUUUGUCCUCUUUCUGGAUGGUUGAUUGUGUUGUGAUAGUUUCGUGUUUGCCGUCUUGGUCUCGAGCAAUUGACUAAAAGUGAAGAGACUAAGUUACUCGCCAAUGUGAAUAAUCGAGCUUCCGCGAUGUCAUUUACAGUGUGCUCUUACAAAGGCUGCACAAACAGUGCAGCAAAAAUCAAAGGACUGAAGAUGUUCCGUUUUUCCAAAUCUUUAUCAGAAAUUUGGAUACGUCAUACAGGAAAUUCUGAUUUGAUUGGACUAUCUCCAACAAAAUUGAACAAGCUAAAGAGAGUCUGUGAGCAGCAUUUUCGAGAAUCGGAUAUUCUGCCAAGUGGCCGAUUGAUGAAUGGCGCUGUUCCAUUGUGCUACGUUGCACCAGAAGUAAUACCUGGCCCUUCACACCCACCACUUGUUCCAGAAUCCCCUACACCGACUCUUAAUAGAUCAUCAUCCACUCCCCGAAAAUAUAGAAAUAUUAGUGCAUUGGGUAAUCCUCCCGUCUCGCCAUCACCAACUUCUCCAUCACUCAGCACCCCAUCUGGCAAGUUUUGGGUGAAUAAUGUAUCACCAUCGCCAAAGCUGAAGUCGGUGAAUAGAGCUUUAUUUGGUUCAUCGAAUAAGAGUUUGGAAGAGAAAGUGAAAGUGUUGUCAACGAAGGUUGCAGUCUUGAGAAAUAAGUUAGCUAGUAAGAGAGCAACUAUUUACAGGUUGAAGAAGCUUGAAACAAAAAAGGGUUUCUGA